CACGCGGAAACGUCACCGCCACCCCGGCCUGGCGACGAAGCGAUCUGAGACAGCUGUAGCAGCAGGGACGGAAAGGCGGGGCCCACCACUUCCUCCGCUUUCUGCUGCUACUGCCGCCGCCUUUUCCCUUUUCCCCUUCUCUCCUCUCUUCUUCGGGCGAUCGCCGUCGCCAUCGCCGCCGCCCACAGCCCACUCCGUCCAUCCCGCCGCGACCGCGAAAGCCGCAGCCGAAAGUGGCGGGGCGAUAGUCCAAAGCCUCACUCCUCUGACAUCCCUGUCUUUCUGCUGCUAGUAUCCCUGCGCACGGAUACGCGCGCACGUUUCGCGCACGGACACUCCGCUGGUGGCUUUGACCGGGCGUUCCCCUUGCUGUUCUUGGCACGGCUUUGGCUUCCGUCCCUGCCCGGUCGCUGUACGUCGCCACAGGGUUUCGGUUACUACGCUCGUCUGUUUCUUCUGCUCCUCCUUGGAGCUUUCUCCUGCCUCGCUCGCAACUGCUUGCUGCCGAGCUUCCUGAAAGGUUUGUGUUGGAGGCUGAGGAUCACAUGCCAUGGCUCUUGAGGCAAACCAAGCUGCUCUUCUAUGUAUCAAGAAAGUUUUGAGGUCCUCCAUUAGAAAAGGCUAUAGAUUUGUUUCCGAACACCCAAUCCUUUUCUGUUUGGGUGUUUUUCUCUAUUUGUUGUACAGAUCUUCACCAAGGUUCUUUGUGUUCCUGCUUUCCUCUUCUCCUGUAAUUAUAUGUACUACUCUUCUUCUUGGAAUCCUACUGAGUUAUGGAGAAAUUAAUCUUCCUGAGGCUAGUGAAGAUCACAAGGGUACUCCAGAAAUUUCAGCUUUCAAGGUUGGGAAUUCGUCCAGUGAUGUUCACUUUGAGGCAAAUCAGAGACUUUCAGUGCCUGGAUUCAGGGAGAAUACAUCAAACUCCAAAGAGAGGGAAACUAAACAGACAGUUUUUGUCAGAGAGAGGGCUAGCGAGCAUGUUGAUCUGGAUGAUGAUGUUCCUCUUCUGAGGAGAGUUGAUGAAGAAGAUGAGAGAUCUGAUCGGCGUAACAUGCCUAGAACAUUAACACCAUUUCCUUCUAUGGCCAUUUUUUGUCAAGAGGUUGGGACUGGGGAUGAUUUGAACUUCAACAAGGAAAUACAAUCAGAAGAUUCAUUUUUCAUACAGGGUAGGACUGAUGGGCAGAGUAGCCUAUUUGAUGGUGCCCUUCUUAGUGGUUUGAAUGAGAAAGAUACAUCCUUUGGCUUGUUUUCGUCCAGUGAGAAUGUUAAUAAACAUGUUGACCAUGAGGAAAAUCUGAAUCAUAAGAGAGUAUUUAAAGAUUCAGCAGCCAGCAAAGAGAGAGAAAUUUCUGAAGAGAAGGCAACUGAAGGGUUUGCUGGAACUAGCAAACCAGCUUGCGCCGUCUCCGUUCACCAAUGGAAAAAGAACAACGGGCUCAAUAUUGAUACUAGCAAUGUUGUUGAGGACAACUUGCUUGAUUCCUCUCUUGGCUCACCAUGGGCAAGAGUUCGCAGUCAGGAUGGUUCAUCUGGUUUUGACUCUGAUCGGGCAGAGAGUUCUUCUCCUGACGCUUCUAUGACUGACAUUGCUCCAGUUCUUGACGAGAUUGACCCACUUUUGGGUGCUGACUCCACUCACCCUGAUCCUAUUCCAAAGGAUGAUUCAGACACUGAUUCUCAUGUCUCAGAGGAUCAUCAAAUUGACGAUGAAAGUAAUGAUGAAGGUGAUGAAAAUGACGCUAAAGAUAAUGUGGAGGGGAAGAAGAAAGAUGAAGGGAGGGAAGCUGCAUUUCUUUGGACAGCAGAUGAUGAGAAGAAUCUGAUGGAUCUCGGGUAUUCUGAGAUGGAAAGGAACCGCAGGUUGGAGAUUUUGAUGGCAAGGCGAAGGUCCAGGAAGAACAUAAGAUUUGAAAUUGACAGCAACUUGAUAAAUAUUGAUAGUAAUGGUGCUGGUAGGGGUUUAGAUGACUUGUCACACUUCCGUGCACAAGUACCACCUAUUUCAGUGCCAAGGAGGAACCCUUUUGACCUUCCUUAUGAUUCUGAAGAAGCGGCAAUUCCCAGCUCAGCUCCUUCAAUUCUGCACGCACGGAAGAACCUAUUUGAUCUGCCCCUUGAACAGUCCAAUGAGAGUGGUAUCCCUGCACAUGAUAGUUUAAACUCUGGAGAAUCUGUGGCAUCUUCUCAUCGUGACAUGUUCUUCAGAAGGCGUGACAGCUUCAACUUUGGAAGGGAGGAUGCAACCCAGGAGAGACGUUUUUCUAGACUUAAGGCAUAUUAUCUCCCUGAAACAGUGGAACGGAACGGAAGCAAUUUCCAAAGACAGUUCAGUGAUAAGAGUGAAUCUAAAUUGAUAUCUGUUGCUGAAUCUGAUGUGGCUUCAUCGGUUGCUGAUCAGGAGGAUCACAAUGACCAUGAUGAAAAGAAUUUGCAGGUGGAGCAUGAGUCACCAGCUCCAGCUCUUCUGAGACAAGAUAGUGACCUUGCAGAUGUUGGAAGUGAAUGCUCAGAUGGUAUCAACUCCAUAGAUGUUGAACAAGACAACAGUGACAUUGAUGACCGUGAGAUUGCUCUACAGCACUUUGUCUUUGAAAGAUCGCAAGAAAGGGAAGCAUAUCUUGCCUCAACAAACGGAAAGGGUCGUGAAGAAGAUUACAUGCCCAAGUUGGCUGGGAAUUCCACAAUGCCAUUUCAUCCGGUUCCUGAUCUGUUUAGCUGGGAAGAUGGAGAUGGUGACAGCAGCCUUGGUGCUAAACCUUCUUUCCAACCUAACACCGAAGCUGAAUGCUCAGAAUGGGUUUCGUCCUCCAGGCCAGCUGAGGAGGGCGAAUCAGGUUCUGGAUACCUUUCAGGGUAUCUUGACACUGAAAUUGCAUCAAAUUCAAGCACAGUUGUUCUUGGUGCAAGCAAUCCAGCCAAGAAAGAUGGAAAUGUUGACCUCAUGUCCUAUUCAAUCAAUGAUGUGUCAUUAGAUAACUUGAUUCAUGGGUCUAUGGAGCUGCCUUCUGAAUUUGUGCAGGGAACAUUUCCGGUCAUAUCUAUGGACCUGCAUCCUAUCCCUGAGGAGAGAGUUGUGGAGAACUUCAAUAUGCAAGAAAAGCAUGAAACGGCAAUAUUUACUGAUUCAGCUGCUGCCUUGACUGGCUUGCAUGUAACCAAAGAACACUUUGAUGUUGGAUCUGAUGGAAGUCUGAGCUCUGCAGUCAUUUCCUCGUAUCCUCAAGCAAGUGAUGUCAUCCAAUCUCCAUCAAGUGAUCCUGCAGAAGUCUUGAAUCCCUUUGUUUCCAUGGCUGCUGAACCUAACAAGGUGGAUAUAGGUGACAUGAAAGAAGAAACAACUGCAGGAUAUCUACUUGAUUCUGAUGACGAAGCCGGUAAAAUCUACCCUGAGCCUAUGGAGGACAGUGGAUUUGAUGAAAAUUUCCUGUCGGAAUUGGAUGCAGUGGGAGACUUCCGAGUAGAAUCAAUGAGACUGGACCGGCAGGUGCUGGAUUGUGGUUCCCAUUCUGAUAGCCCUGCCAAUGGUGUUCCUGCAGAUUCCAUGAUUGGCCCACAGAUGUCUGACAGCGUCUCCUUGAUCAUGUCAGAAGCCAGUGUUGUAGACUCCAGGGAAGACUCUCCAUUGGUCGAUGACCUAAAUGACCACGAAUUUAGUUGGUCAUGUGGAGCAUCUCAUGGUGACCCUGAGCAGACUGUCUACAAUCCUCGGAUACGGAUUCUUGAAUCAAACCCCUUUGAAGCAAUGAGCACGGAGUUGAAGCCACCGUGCGAUGAGACAGAAGUGCCUUCUGGUGAUACACCUUCAGCAGUGAUGUUAGCAGUUGGAUCAAGUGAAACGGAGGUCAGUAAAAAUGAGUCCAUGACAACUACAACUGAUUCUGAGAUAGCGAUUCUUGAUGCAAAGUCUCUGGAGGAUAUAGAAACUGCAUUAAAAUUAGUUAGCGAUGGUGUGUCUGCUAAGGCCAGCACGGACACUGAAACUUCACACAUCUCUAGUGUUAAUGUUGAUUCAGAGCCCAAAGAUGUUGCGGGACAGCCGCAUGUCAUCGAUGCAAAAUCCGUGGAAGACAUACAUGCUGCUUUCAGGGAGCAAUGUGAUUCUGUUGUAAAUGGUAGUUUGGAAGAAAAUGAAGAUAAGGAUGGAUAUGGAGAUACUGCAGAAUCCACAAAUCAUGAUAAAUUUCUAGAAGCAAUACAUGCCGAAAGUCCGCAUAAUGUCGGAGAUGCUAGGGAGGCUGAACCAGUGGAGAGUACAAGCAAUAUGAGUUCUAAUGAGGCAAUGAUCCAAUAUGACACUAAUGCAGUGUUCAAGAAGCUCUCUGAUGGCAGUGCCAAGAGUACUGUUCAGGCAAUGGAGUCUGAGGAUGCUUGUGAAAGAAAAUAGGAAAGUGAACAGCGAUGAAUACUAUCACAAUGACUGCUAAAGGGAAAUGAUAAAAUGUCAUAAAAGGAGAUGCUACCAAGUUGAGACAAAAAUGAUCCUUGGUCAAAGGGUGAAGGAGCUUAUUGUGGAUUGGAUUGGAGCCCUCUUGUUAAGUUUCAGGGGCCUGCAGCUGUGCAUAUACUUCACAAUAUUCAAAAUACUAAGUUUUGAUGUAGAUUUUCGUGAACGCAUUUGUUUCUUUUUUCUUUCAUUUUUUUUUUACCCUUUCACGGUUUUGGCGGGUUUGUUUUAAUCUGAUUCCCCCAUCCUUUGGCUGUAAUUUGUUUUUAUCGUAAGAAAGCUUUGGCUGUAGUUUGAAGAGGUGUAAUUUUUGCGCAGACAGUGUGGUGUGAUGACAGGGAGAUAGAUCAAUGUAUUGUACCAUGUGACC